CUUCUGCCCUCAGCUAAAAUGGUGCCCGCUCGGAAGCUGCCGAGGCUCUAGAAGUUGCCGAAGCAGGUCCGGAAGCUACCGAGCGAGUCCGGAAGUUGCCGAAAGCGAGCAGCGGGGAAAGAGGAUGGCGGAUAUCAUCGCAAGACUCCGAGAGGACGGGAUCCAAAAGCGUGUGAUACAGGAGGGCGGAGGAGAGCUCCCCGACUUUAAGGAUGGAACCAAGGCCACAUUCCAUUACCGGACUCUGCACAGUGAUGAUGAAGGCUCUGUGUUGGAUGAUAGCCGGGCACGUGGCAAGCCCAUGGAGCUCAUCAUUGGCAAGAAGUUCAAGUUGCCUGUGUGGGAGACCAUCGUGUGCACCAUGCGUGAGGGGGAGAUCGCCCAGUUCCUCUGUGAUGUCAAGCAUGUGGUCCUGUAUCCACUGGUGGCCAAGAGCCUCCGCAACAUCGCUGCGGGCAAGGACCCCCUGGAGGGCCAGCGGCACUGCUGUGGUAUCGCCCAGAUGCACGAGCACAACUCCUUGGGCCACGCAGACCUGGAUGCCCUGCAGCAGAACCCCCAGCCUCUCAUCUUCCACAUUGAGAUGCUAAAGGUAGAGAGCCCUGGCACCUAUCAGCAGGACCCAUGGGCAAUGACAGAUGAAGAGAAGGCAAAAGCCGUGCCACUCAUCCACCAGGAGGGGAACCGGCUGUACCGUGAGGGACACGUAAAGGAGGCUGCUGCCAAGUACUACGAUGCCAUCGCGUGCCUCAAGAACCUGCAGAUGAAGGAGCAGCCUGGGUCGCCUGACUGGAUCCAACUGGACCAGCAGAUUACACCACUGCUGCUUAACUACUGCCAGUGCAAGCUGGUGGCUGAAGAGUAUUAUGAGGUGCUGGAUCACUGCUCCUCCAUCCUCAACAAGUAUGAUGACAAUGUCAAGGCCUAUUUCAAGCGAGGCAAAGCCCAUGCAGCUGUGUGGAACGCCCAGGAAGCCCAGGCCGACUUUGCCAAGGUGUUGGAGCUAGACCCUGCCCUGGCACCAGUGGUGAGUCGAGAGCUGCGGGCACUGGAGACACGGAUACGGCAGAAGGACGAGGAGGACAAGGCCCGCUUCCGGGGCAUCUUUUCCCACUGACAGGGCCUCCGUCCUGCCCUGCCCUGCCCAGCCCGCUGCUGCCACAGCCUGCCCAUUCCCCACUGCCACAUUGUGCUUCUGUGUAUAUAAAGGCCUUAUUUAUCUCUC